AUGGAGCUCUCUGCCCUUUCACCGCUCGGAUUUGCGGUCCCCAAUUGCAACCGCCUUGCAGAGCAGCCGCAGCUGCACGUCACACAUGCCCGAUGUGAGCAAGCGAGAAGCCAACGUUCCAACGCGCAGUCCCUGUGCUUGGCUUCAUUGGCUGCAGCAGCAUGUGCGCGCUGUGCUGUAAAAAGACGAGCCUAUGGUGGCUAUAGUGGUGGCUAUGGCGGCAGAAUGGACGGAGAAGAAGUAAGGCGCCGCACCGAGAUGAAGCGAGAAAGGGAGACACAACAGUUCUACAUGUUCCAGAGGCAGAUCAUAAGCCGUGGAGGAGUGCAGCCGAAAGAUGAUGCACACUGGGAUGCGCUGGAGACGAGAAUUUUUGGACAAAGUCACGUGAAAGCUGGCAUUAACUUCGCCAAGUACGACAGCAUUGAGGUUACUGCAGAAGGUGGGACUGGAAAAGAGCAGCCGAUUUCCUCGUUCCAGGAAGCAUGUGAGAAGUACCAGCUGCCCGAUGAGCUGACAGCCAAUCUUGAGCGAUGCGGCUACGACACCCCGACGCCCGUUCAGAAGUACAGCAUCCCUGCAGUGCUGGAAGGCAGUGACGUGAUGGUCUCUGCACAGACUGGCAGUGGCAAGACCGCGGCAUUCUUGGUGCCCAUCAUCACUGCUGCUUUACAGGCUGGACCAAAGGAGCUCACGGAAGAGGGCGCCGUCUGCCCCACAAGCGUGAUUCUGGCACCAACCCGCGAGCUGUGUGAGCAGAUUGCCCAAGAGGCCAAGCGGCUGACAUUCAGAAGCUUCGCCCGUGUGGCUGCCAUUUAUGGAGGCGCCGAUGCCCUCCAGCAGCUGCGCGACAUAGCGGGCGGUGUGGAGAUUGUCGUUUGUGCACCGGGGCGCAUGGACGACUUCCUGCAGCGUGGCGUCGUCAGCAUGGAGGGAGUGAAGUUCCUGGUGGUAGAUGAGGCAGACAGAAUGUUGGACAUGGGCUUUGAGCCGCAGAUUCGAAACAUUAUUGAAAACUAUGGCAUGCCGGAGCCCGGCGAGGGCGGGCGCCAGACGAUGAUGUUCUCGGCCACAUUCCCUCAGGAGAUGCAAGACAUGGCCUUGGACUUCCUCGAUCCAGCCUACUACGGCAUUAAGGUUGGACAGGUGGGCCACGCAGCGACGGAUGUGGAGCAGUGCUUCGAACAGGUCAACUUCCGGGAGAAGAACGACAGGCUGCUGGAUUUAAUGACUCAGGCGAGUAGCGAGAAUGGCGAGCUGGGCAAAACGCUCGUGUUUGCAAACACGAAGAACACCGUUGACGACAUAGUUUGGAUCUUGAACGAUCGUGGCAUCAAGGCGGAGCCCAUACACGGAGGACUGACACAGGGUGCCAGAAGUCGAAAUCUGACUCUGCUCAAGAAGGGGGUACUCCAAGUUCUUGUCGCUACCGACGUCGCGGCACGAGGACUUGAUCUACCUGGGAUCGAGCACGUGAUCAACUACGAUCUGCCACAAGACGGCGACACCUACGUCCAUCGCAUCGGGCGGACCGGGCGCAUCGGCAACAAGGGCCGGGCCACAUCUUUCGUGUCGAAUUACGACAGCGCGUCGAAUCUGAAGAUGAUUGUCCGGCACAUCAAGGAUGCGAAGAAGGACGACCCAGAUGCCUCUGACGUGCCGGAGUGGCUAGAGGGGGUCCCCGUGGCGGUGGGGGCAGAGGCGGAGGAAGAGGACGAUACUAGCCGGCUGCAGCUGCCAUCUUCGGGUUCACAGCACCUCGCUAAAGUUAGGAUGCAUCAGACCGGACCCCGUGAGCCCCCGGCAAUGGCCCCAGCAGAGCGAAGCUCCAUGGGCAGUGCGAGGCAAGUUUUGAGAGUUUUUCUCGAGUUCUCGGACGGUGAGGAAGACCGUAGCGAUGCGUUGAAUCUGGAGAAGCGAUUCAUUGAUUUGUCGUUUGUAGCAAUUACUGCGCACAUCAGAACAGACCGCAAUAAACCUCAUGACGACUCUUCCUCCCUGUCUGUGCAGUCUUGA